AUGUUUGAAUCAGAAAAUGAGGAGAUCGGAAACCCGAUGAUAGAGCUAUCGGACAUUGACCGGGUAAAAAAGUGGGCGGCCAGCAAAAAAGUAAAUGAACAUUCGGCGGCGGAGUUAAUCAGGCUAGGAUAUGAGGCCCUUUCUUGUCUCCUGCCUGAAGAUUUGACAAAGUCUAAGAUCCCCAUCGGGCAACAACGGCUACUGCUGCGUGCAGUAAGAUCUACGUUUCCAGCGGAGUGCGGGAGCGAAUCUAACAUGGCGGCGGAGGAACAACUUCCGGCAUCUUCACCUGCAGCUCAACUGAACGCAUGCGCAACAUUGACGACAGAUGGCGGGGCAGUUCAAACCGGAAAUGGAGAUUUAUAUGUGCAAGCUAUAACGAAACAGCUUCAACAGCAACAAUCGUUACCAUUAGGAGAUAAUCUGAACAUCAGCAAAACAAACCAAGGACAAUCAACAGUGCAUCCUGAAGGUAUUCAAGAAUUUGACUGUGUUUCUAACAUUAUUUCGUGGAAAGACCCACAAAUAUUUUUAAAAUCUUCCUUUAAUGAUGUAACUAUAAAUUUUUAUGACAUAACUGAUUUCGUAAAUGUACAUAUGUCAGGUACUGGUUUUUCAGAGGAAAAACUUAUUUCAGAUGCUUCUGGGGGUCAGCUUAUUUUCAAAUCUGGUCCAGUUAAGCCAAAACUUGAGUCCCUGAGUUUGUGUCAAUGGUCUAGUGCGAAUUUAUCUAUUAUGUACAAACUGUUGUCCUGUGGCGAUUUGUCACAGACUCAAUUACUUGAUUACCUAUCAUAUACUGCAAGAAUUUACAAUCUUGUUGCAACUUGUGACAUGGUUUCUGUCUUUUUUUUUGACAGAGAAUAUAGGCAGCUGCAGAAACAGCACAAGUUUCGUUGGGGUACAGAUGUUCCACAUUUACAUUCCAUAUAUAUACGUCCAAAGGGUUUUGUAAAGCCUCAGACAGGAGGCUCCAAAUUUCAGACCACUGGCUCAAGACCUGGGGUUAAACAUGAGAUUACAUAUGCUUCCCAUACAUCAGGUGGGCGGGAAAUAUGCAAAAGGUUUAACAGCAGGAAGGGAUGUUUUAUGUCAAAUUGUAGGUUUGAGCAUGUUUGCGCGGUACCAGGCUGUGCUAAUAAGCAUCCUGCUCAUUCUCACUCUAACUCUAUGCAUGGCAAUCCAAAAAACGGGGUAUAAUGGUAAAGCCUACACG